UAUGCCCCGAAACAUGCGGUGGUUUUUAGUCCUUCUAUUAGUCGCUCUAGUUUCUGUAGAAGCAAGUAGGAGAAGUCGAUUAUUCAAGAAACUCUACCAAAAAGCUUCAAACUAUGAUGCAGCACCAUCAAAUGUACAGACUGUCUGGUACAAAAACAUGAAAUUAGACCACUUCACAUGGGGGGACACCAGAACCUUCGAUAUGAGAGUAAUGUGGAACAACACAUUCUACAAACCAGGUGGUCCAAUAUUCUUCUAUACUGGAAAUGAAGGAGGUCUUGAAUCAUUCGUUACUGCAACUGGAAUGAUGUUCGAUUUGGCUCCAAUGUUCAAUGCAUCUAUUAUUUUUGCGGAACAUCGAUUCUAUGGACAGACUCAACCAUUCGGAAAUCAAUCAUAUGCAUCACUUGCAAAUGUUGGAUAUCUGACAAGUGAACAGGCUCUGGCUGAUUAUGCAGAAUUAUUGACUGAACUGAAAAGAGACAAUAAUCAAUUCAAGAUGACGUUCCCUGCUGCAACACAAGUUAUUUCAUUUGGAGGUUCUUAUGGAGGAAUGUUGUCUGCAUGGUUUAGACAGAAGUAUCCACAUAUUGUUAAAGGAGCUUGGGCAGGAUCUGCUCCAUUGAUUUACAUGAACGGAGGUGGUGUUGAUCCAGGAGCUUUCGACCAUAUCACUUCAAGAACUUACAUUGACAAUGGAUGCAAUAGGUUUAUUCUUGCAAAUGCCUGGAAUGCUACCCUUAAUCUUUCUAGCACUGAUGCUGGUAGACAAUGGCUCAACAACAACACCGUGUUCAAACUAGACCCAAGAACUAAAAUUAGGAAUCAAACAGAUGGUUGGAAUUUGAAUGCGUAUUUGAGAGAAGCAAUUGAAUAUAUGGCAAUGGUUGAUUAUCCAUAUCCAACUGGAUUCCUAGAACCUCUUCCAGCAUGGCCAGUGACAGUUGCAUGUGGAUAUAUGAAUGCUAAUGGAACAUCGUUCAGUGAUAAAGAUUUAGUCAAAGCUGUUGCAAAUGCUGCUAAUAUUUAUUACAACUAUAACAGAGAUCCUAAUUUCACAUAUUGUAUUGAUUUUUCAAUUUGUGGAGAUCAAGGAACUGGUGGUCUUGGAGGAGACGAAUUGGGAUGGCCAUGGCAAGAAUGUUCAGAGAUUAUAAUGGCAAUGUGUGCUAGUGGAGGAUCUAAUGAUGUUUUCUGGAAUGAAUGUGGAAAGGAUAUCUACCAAACAUUGCAACAAGGAUGUGUUUCUAUUUUUAAAAGCAUGGGAUGGACACCAAAGAACUGGAACAUCGACGCAGUGAAAACUCUCUACGGAUAUGAUCUUUCUGGUUCAAGUAACUUGAUUUUGACUCAAGGACACCUGGAUCCAUGGUCCGGAGGUGGCUACAAAGUUGAUCAAAACAAUGCUGCUCGUGGAAUCUAUGUAUUGGAAAUUCCUGGAUCUGCUCAUCAUCUCGAUCUCCGUCAACCAAACACCUGUGAUCCAAAUACAGUUACCAAUGCCAGAUUCCAAAUCAUUCAAAUCUUGAAGUGCUGGGUCGAUCCAAAUUGCAACACAAUCCCAACAAUAAGUCCACUUCCAAGUAUUUCCAUUCCAAAUGGUGAUUGUAAAGAUGUUGUUGGAGGAUAUCCAUGGGGACAGACGACUGGUGCAACUGUCUCAAACUCUUUUAUUCUUGCUAUUUUGGCUUCAUUGUAUGCUAUGUUCUAAUCAAUGUCCCUGUCAAUAUUUAUUUCAUUUCUAUGAAAACUAAUGGAAAUAAAGAAUCUUUG